AUGAAGACAGUGGCGAUUCUGAUGCUCGUGGCGACGGCCAAUGCGGUGGUCGACCCGGUGCAACAACGUGACCAAGCGACAGCUGCUGAACCAAUUGGGGAUCUACGAGCGGCCGAGAGCGCCAAGGAGUGGCGUUGGGGCGGGGGCUAUUGGGGGGGUGGAGACGAGAUGCUGUCCAUUGCGACCCAACUGCUGGGCACCCCACCCCCUGCACCACACCCGCAGAAUCCAUCGACGUCCUCGAGACACUAG